GUUACCGCAGGCCCCGCCCCUUCCGGGGCGCUCGGCCGCGCCGCCGCCCCCGCCUCCCUCCGUCCGCCCGUCGGUCCCUCCCUCCCGCUCCCGCUCUCCUUUUGUGAGUUAUAGCAACCGUUGCCUUGUGAGUCGAGCGCCAUAGUCACCGUAGUCCUGGCGACUGUUACCCAUCAACAACAGCCGCUCCGCUCCCGCUCCUGCUCCUCCUCCUCCUGCCGCUGCUCCGCACCCCCUGCCUCACCGUCACCCACCACAACAACAACAACAACAACCGCAGCCGCCGCCACCAGCAGCAGCGACAGCGGGAGCGCCGCCGCAGCCCGCCCCGGCACAGGGUUUUACUACUUAGAAGUACAUAUGUAAGUCCAGAGAGGCAGCUUCUAAAACUUCAUUCUGUGCCAUUCAGUUAAACUGUUACUCCCCCAUAAAUCUGAAAAGCUGAAAAAUGAAGAUCACAAUGCAGACAUCAGAGACUGGGGCGGAUACAGGUUCGACUGUGAGUUUACAGACAUCUGUGGCUGGUCAGGCAGCAGUGCCCACACAGGUAGUACAGCAAGUACCGGUUCAGCAACAGGUACAGCAGGUACAGACUGUGCAACAGGUACAGCAUGUCUACCCAGCCCAGGUUCAGUAUGUGGAGGGAAGUGACACAGUCUACACUAAUGGAGCUAUCCGAUCAACAACUUAUCCUUACACAGAAACCCAGAUGUACAGUCAAAACACUGGGGGAAAUUAUUUUGAUACUCAAGGAAGUUCUGCACAGGUGACAACAGUGGUGUCGUCUCAUAGCAUGGUGGGCACUGGAGGGAUUCAGAUGGGCGUAACAGGAGGACAACUCAUUAGCAGCUCAGGAGGGACCUAUCUGAUUGGCAAUUCAAUGGAAAAUUCUGGUCAUACAGUGACUCACACAACGCGGGCCUCCCCAGCGACAAUUGAAAUGGCGAUUGAGACACUGCAAAAGUCUGAUGGUCUGUCCACUCACAGAAGCUCUCUUCUCAACAGCCAUCUUCAGUGGCUUUUAGACAACUAUGAAACUGCAGAAGGAGUGAGCCUUCCAAGAAGUACUCUUUACAACCAUUACUUACGACAUUGUCAGGAGCACAAGUUGGAUCCAGUCAAUGCUGCCUCCUUUGGAAAACUCAUACGGUCAAUCUUCAUGGGACUACGGACCAGAAGACUUGGAACUAGGGGGAACUCCAAAUAUCAUUAUUAUGGGAUUCGUGUCAAGCCAGACUCUCCUCUUAAUAGACUACAAGAGGACAUGCAAUAUAUGGCCAUGAGACAGCAGCCCAUGCAGCAGAAACAGAGGUAUAAGCCUAUGCAGAAAGUGGAUGGAGUUGCAGAUGGCUUCACAGGAAGUGGUCAACAGACAGGCACAUCUGUUGAACAAACUGUAAUUGCCCAAAGUCAACACCAUCAACAGUUUCUAGAUGCAUCUCGAGUACUGCCAGAGUUUGGAGAAGUUGAAAUAUCUUCUCUCCCAGAUGGUACUACCUUUGAGGACAUCAAAUCACUACAGAGUCUUUAUCGAGAGCACUGUGAGGCAAUACUGGAUGUGGUUGUUAAUCUUCAAUUCAGCCUGAUAGAAAAAUUGUGGCAAACUUUCUGGCGCUAUUCUCCUUCUGCUCCACCUGAUGGCACUCCUGUUAAUGAACCAAGCAAUCUGAGUGAAAUAGAAAGUCGACUUCCUAAAGCAAAGCUGAUUACUCUGUGCAAGAAUGAGUCUAUUCUGAAAUGGAUGUGUAACUGUGACCAUGUGAUGUACCAGGCUUUGGUGGAGAUUCUCAUUCCUGACGUCCUUAGACCUAUUCCUAGUGCCUUGACCCAAGCCAUUCGCAAUUUUGCAAAAAGCCUUGAAGGUUGGCUUUCAAAUGCCAUGAACAAUAUUCCACAGAGGAUGAUACAAACCAAGGUUGCCGCUGUAAGUGCCUUUGCCCAGACUCUGCGAAGAUACACAUCUCUUAAUCACCUGGCUCAAGCAGCUCGUGCUGUGCUUCAAAAUACUUCUCAAAUCAACCAGAUGCUCAAUGAUCUCAACCGUGUUGAUUUUGCCAAUGUUCAGGAGCAGGCUUCCUGGGUGUGCCAGUGUGAUGACAACAUGGUUCAGAGACUUGAAACAGAUUUCAAGAUGACUCUCCAACAGCAGAGCACUCUGGAGCAGUGGGCUGCCUGGCUUGAUAAUGUAAUGAUGCAAGCAUUGAAACCGUAUGAAGGAAGACCCAGCUUUCCUAAAGCAGCACGGCAAUUUCUGUUAAAAUGGUCUUUCUACAGCUCAAUGGUGAUUCGGGAUUUAACCUUGCGCAGUGCUGCUAGCUUUGGCUCUUUUCAUCUGAUCCGCUUGCUUUACGAUGAAUACAUGUUUUACUUAGUAGAACAUCGUGUUGCUCAGGCAACAGGAGAAACACCUAUUGCAGUUAUGGGAGAGUUUGGUGAUUUAAAUGCUGUGUCCCCUGGAAAUAUGGAUAAAGAUGAGGGCAGCGAAGUUGAAAGUGAAAUAGAUGAAGAGCUGGAUGAAAGUGGAGAGCCACAAGCUAAGAGGGAGAAAACUGAGCUGAACCAGGCAUUCCAGGUGGGCUGCAUGCAGCCAGUGCUUGAGAGUGGAGUACAGCAGAACAUCCUGAACCCAAUUCAUAAUGAGCACAUUGUUGCAACUACUCAGACUAUCAGACAAUGCAGUGCUACUGGAAAUACAUAUACUGCAGUCUAAUGUGAAACUUCCCCUGGCCUCCAACACAUGGCCCAUUGCAUUUUAGCUGUUUAGGUUUACUAUGAAAAAGAAAAAAAAAAAAAAAGAGAAUAAGUCUGGAGGUUGACUGUUGUCAAAUGUAACUGUUCUGAUCAUUAUUUUGUUGGAGUUGUUAAAUGGAAUGGGUAUGCGUAUUUUGCCAGGUGUGUUUAGAAACAAAAGAAUUUUUGUAAACAAAAUCAUUUUACAUUGGCCACUCAAUAUGAAGAGGUUUCUUUGUAUCAAAUGCAAGGAAGAUUUUUGCAAAGUUUAAUGUUAAUGUUUUGUCCUUACAAUAAUUUAAUUUUUUCAUAGUUUUAAAAAUAUUUUAAUGUUAAUUAUUAGUUAUUAUGCUGAUUUCAUAUAGAUAGGUUUUUAAUUAGAUGCACUUCUGUGAAAUAUCAAAAGAACUAUUUUCUUUGAUUUACACUGGAGGCAUACUUAUUUGACAGCAGAUGUAUCAAAUUUGUUAUAAAAGGUGCUUUUCAUCGUACUACGAGAAGACACUAUUUUGAUAAAAUUGUGAGUAUUCAGGGGGAUUUUUUUGUAAUAAUGCUGGAGGGUUGAGAAGAUCUAGUUUCUUCCUGUGAGGAAGAAGCUGUUUAAAAGACAGAAUUGUAUCAGAAUGUGGUAAUCUGUAUGGCAUAAAUGUACCUAAUUAUCUGAACAUGAUGUAAACAAUGCAAGCUUCAUUUAAAAUCAACAGUUUCAGAUAUUAUUUGCAUACCAGUUCCUCUGUUUUGAAGACUACUGAUUCUAUAUGUGAGGCCACAGAACAGAUGCUUUUGAUUGUUCAGUGGCACUGUAGUUGUUAGAAACUGAAGCUAAAAGAGAAGUGACUUGAUUAUUGUUAAUUUUAAGUGUAUGUGCUACUUAUGCUGAACUGGACAUACAGGAAAACAUUCCAUUUGGAUGACUUUCUUCUAUUCCAGGUCUUUUCCUACUAGUGGUUCAAUCUGCUGCUCUUAGAAAAGAUGAUUUAUAGAAUGCAAGGAAUGUAGCAACCUGCAUCAUUUUCCUUUCAAAAACAUUUCCUUGUUGUUAAAGUGGAUUUAAAUUUUUACAAAAAUUAGACAAGGCAGUGUAACUGGCACACCUCACUUGUACUUAUUCCCAAUUGUGUAGAAUUUGAAUAGGUGGCUAGAUGGACCAUUGCCAUUUAAGAAUGUACAUCAGGGAUCAUUGUACCUCGGCUAUUACAUGGUGCCUUAAACAGAACUGAAGCUAAGACUUAGUACUUUUUGUUAUUCUUAACUCUUAAAUUAAUUCAACAAGGUGUGCCUGUCAUUUUCAAAUUCCCUAAGAAGUAAGGACAGGUUACACAGCCUUCAAAAGAAUAAAAGGAUUUUUUUAUUAUUAAAUGAUUUUAAUAUCCCUCUUAGAAUGACAAUAGACCUAUUUUUUCUCGUUUCUAGCUGGAUUUCACUUUAAUAGAAAUAAAUUUGCUUGGGAAUUUGGAAAGCAAAGCUAGCUUUAAUACCAACAUCAAAUGUCAAAAUAGAUUGACCAUAGUCCCAAGCAUGAUUAUAUAUUUUCUAAACCCUUGCCUACUUUUAAUUUUAAAAACUAAAAAGAAGUAAAUGAGCAGGUACAUAAUGCAGUGCAUGUUUUCAAUUUCUAUAUUUUGUGGUGUAUCAGCCAGAUAGUACAUUUUAAUGGUUAAAUAAUAUCAGUUUAUAGAUUCCGUAUUAAUUGACAUUAAAGAACUCAAGUUUUUCUUCACGAACAUUUCAUUAUGCAGACACAUGAAUUUGCUACACUAAAGUAUGGAAUUAAAUAAGGAAAAAAAAAAAAGCCAAAAAGUGAAUGAGAACACAAAAAUAUCGACUUUACAGGAAAGACUGUGUGAAACAAUUAGGAUUAUUUUAUUCUGGUUUAUCUAGUGUGUCUGAAAAUGACUUUGAAGUCAUAUAUACCAAAUGGGAGAAGAGCAUAUAAAAUGGAAAUUUAUUUAUAGCAAACAGGUUUGUUGCUAGAGUUUACAUAUGCUCCAAAUACAGCUGCACAUAAACUAAAAUGUCCUAACAUUAUUUGUGCACAAAAAUAAAUUUUAAUUCCUUUGCAGAAUUGUGAACCUAUCCAGCUCAUUCUGUGUAGGCAUAAUUCCUACUAAUGUCAGUAGAUGGCUUUUGCCUCAGUAAAAAGUAAAAGUGAGGUUUAUUCAUUAUUUCUUAACUCAUAAAUGCACUGAAUCUCAUUAUAGAUUUUGUUGUCACAUAUAUUGCUCAGUGUGUCCUGAUUUUUCCUUAGAAAUCAGCACAUCUGUACCCUUCACCAAAAAUGCUAAAACUAAGCUGUGAUAAAUAUUUACUCCCCUUCAUUGUGCAUUAUAAGAUGUUUACAAGUAAAAUAAAGUGAAAUAAUUCAACAUUU